AUGCACAAAUUAACGUUUUUAAUUAGCUUAAUUGCCACGAGUGUCGCCCAAUUCGAUCCCCAUUUCGCCAAAGGUCGACGAUCCAUCGUGCAUCUAUUCGAAUGGACCUGGACGGACAUCGCGAUGGAAUGCGAAAGUUUCUUACGGUACCACGGCUACGGGGGUGUACAGAUUUCCCCGCCCAGCGAGAACCUAAUAAUCGAAAAUCGACCGUGGUUCGAACGCUACCAGCCGGUCAGCUACGUCCUAAAAACGAGAUCAGGCGAUGAAGAUGAUUUCAAAACUAUGACGAAACGUUGCAACGACGUAGGAGUAAGAAUAUACGUCGAUGCGGUGAUCAAUCACAUGUCGACCGGUAACGGAAUCGGAACGGCCGGUAACGAAGCUUCGGGCGAAGGAGAGUACCCCGGGGUACCGUACACGUCCGGCGAUUUCCACCGAACGUGUACCGUCGAUUACAGUUCGACGGAUAACAUCAGAAACUGCCAGUUGGAGGGCCUGAGGGAUUUGAACCACAGCAAAACGAACGUUAGAGAGAAAAUCGUGGGGUACUUGAACCGUUUGAUCGAUUUGGGAGUGGCUGGGUUCCGAAUAGACGCGGCCAGGCACAUGUGGCCCGACGAUUUGAGAGCCAUUCUCCGAAAAGUGAAGAAUUUAAGCAGAGAACACGGUUUCGAAAGCGACCAAAGCCCCUUAAUUUAUCUAGAAGUAAACAGCGAAGGCGACGCGACCGACUACGCCGACAUGGGCCUCGUCACCGAAUUCAAAUUCGCCCACAAGAUAUCCAACGUCUUCAAAGGCAACGACAAGCUCGCCUACCUGCGCACCUGGGGCACCCAAUGGGGCUUCAUGGACACCGCCGAGGCCCUGGUGUUCGUCGACAACCACGAUCUACAGCGAAACCCCGGCCAUUUGAGCUACACGUCCCCCGGCAGGUACGCCGCCGCCAACGCCUUCAUGCUCGCCUAUCCCUACGGCACCAGCAAGAUCAUGUCGGGCUACCGCUUCGGCGGCAGGAACCAAGGCCCGCCCGUCGAUCGGCACGGCAACCUCCGAUCGCCCCAUCUCGACGGUACCGAGCGAACCUGCGGCAACGGCUACACCUGCGAACACCGCUGGAAGGGGAUAUACAGCAUGGUGCUAUUCAAAAACGCCGUUUGGAACCAACCGUUGACCAAUUGGUGGUCCAACGGCGACCAACAAAUCGCUUUCUGUAGAGGACGCAAGGGUUUCGUGGCGUUUACUCAAUGGCUGGACUUGAAUGAAGAGCUCCAAACGUGCCUGGCGCCCGGCAAAUACUGCGAUAUCGUAUCGGGGGAUUUGCUGGCGGUGGAAAACCGAUGCACCGGUAAAACGGUGGAAGUGAAAAGCGACGGAAAAGCCGCGAUAAACUUGUCGUUCGAUAAGGAAGAGUACGUGUUGGCGUUGAUGGAGCAUGUGAAAUUGCGCGACGAGAUAAUGUAG